UUCAGACUGGCUUCAAGUUUUCACCUAGACUCGUUGGCAGCAACCGGUGGUCUCUUUUCCAACCUUUGCCAAGAUGAAGUUUGUUACGAUCUUUCUUGUGAUGUCGCUGGUCGUCCUGAUGGCCGAACCCGGAGAGUGCUUCCUGAAGUCUCUGUGGAGAGGCGUGAAGGCCAUCUACAAUGGCGCCAGGCAGGGAUAUAAAGAAUAUAAGAACCAAAGGAGACAAGAGAAACUGGCAAAUGCUAAGCAGGACAUGCAGGACCAGCAACCACCAGCCACGCCGCCGCCGCCGGCGCCGGCAGUAUAUCAGCGCUGAUUCACUUAAUCUGAUCACAAAUAAACGUUAAGGAAAAGCUUUCUGCUUGCACAAA